AUGAACAGUCCCGUUUGGUCUACGAUUGAAAAUGCCGGACCAGGCGCACCAGCAACAAAAUCUCCUUUUGGAAGAGUCGACCCCGAAAGCAGCAACGAAGAUUUAUUCGUCUGGGACUCAGAUCAGGACUUUGCAAUUCAUACGGAGCAGCACAAUUAUGACUUGCAAGACUCGGGACAGUCGCUAAAGCUUCUAAGUGGCUUGGAUGGUGCUGUCCUCGACAAACAGCAGCCCGGUUUUCCCGGCUUUGCCAACCAAAACCGUCUUCCCUUUAGAAACGCACAGUCAGAAGAGUUACCUGACGCUAAUUCACCGUGCCCUCUGGGCAUGCCGGCCUCCGUGUGGUCAAGAACGCCGCAGGAGCCAUCUCACUCUAGUGGCUCUCAAAACGAUGCAUCUAAAGAAGCCAGAUUUGCUAGCUUGUUGGAACAUUGCGCGAGACUUCAGCAUCAUAUCAUGACGACGGAAGAGGAUGGUUCUAUGAUUUUGGACGAGAAUGUAUCGUCAACGUCCAAGAAAAUCCUAAUAUCAGAUGGCCAAUUACGGCAGAUACUUGAAGACAUCGACGCCAGCUGCAAGCUUAUAUUCGAGAUGUGUGACGAGGGAACAUCGUCCAAAACCUCGCCGGCGCAGGUCUAUUCUCCCCCUGAUUCUGCUUCGAUAUGUUUGAUAGAGACCGUCACGUUUAAAAUUUUCCAAAUCUGCGAUAUCUUGUUCAAUGGUCAAGGUCUCAGAGUUCGUUCGAUCAAGGAUGUGCUUCUACAAAAGCGGCUGGACUUUAAUAUCACCCAGGCGGGAAUUGUGACAGCGCGGAUUGAGCAUUUGACACAGAAUCACAAUGUUUCGCAGGAGCUUGUGAGGAAAGCUGGGAAUAUCGAGGAAAGAUUCUCUAGGCAGCGUGGAAGCAGCCUUGCGGAAGUGGGUAAACUUUCGUUCUCAGCCCUGAGUUGA